AUUCUGACAGAGAAAUGAAACUGAAUGUGGCACUGCAGAAGAGGGAUCAAUAUGUGCCUCAGAAGAGUUUAGAGAAUUCAGUCGAACUCCUUGCUGAGCAAGAGAACAAGAAUAUGGGGACACCUAUAUCACCGAGCAGGUCCUCCUUGUGUCACCAUAACAGCUCUGACCCAUCAAGGCAUGGACUCCACAAAACCUCUGAAGGUGUGCUGUGUAAUCUGGCACCAAGACUUCAGCAGCAGAUCCUUUAAGUUCUUGAUCAUCUGAGUGGAAGGGGGAAAAGGGCCUGCAACCUGCUUACCUGCUCGGUACAUGAUCUGGCCUACCGAAUCAGUCAGCUCAAUAAUAAAAAGAAUAAUGCCCCCAACCACAAUAUCAGUCCCUGUGGCUAUGGCCGGAGACGGAGGCGUUCCCUCCUUCAAUGCUCUGCUGCUCAAACCCAUGGGAAGUGCCCUCUGAGACAUGACUCGCCUCAAAAACUGAUUUAGCCUUAAGCUUUUUUCUUAUAUUGCCGCAGUUUGCUGAAAUACUACUGAAUAUUAUGAGGUUUUCUGUAAGCACAAAAAUGGGGAACAACCGCUACUAUGUCCAAGCAACCAAAACUUCCUUCUCCAUAUUUUAUCAGAGAAGCAGGACUAAAGACAAGUCAUCUGGAGAGAAUGGGUGUUUGUGUAAAAUGGGCCAGGCAGUUCUGUCUUGUAAAAAAGAGAAGCAGGGGUUCAAGUGAUAUAACAAGGACAUAGGUUUAAGUUAAAAGAUAUGAAAUGUGCUUGAGCAGCUCUGAAAUAAUUUAGGAUAUUUCUAAUUCUUAUAUGAGGGCAUGUCACUUCUUCACCCUCUGGAAAAAGUGGUUUUAUUCAGGAAACUACCAGCACCUCUGUGUUUUCUAGCAACAGGAAAGAGGACAGAGAAACGUAAAUACUGACUGAAAAACAUUCACCAAUAAGGCUCUAUAAAGGAAAUGAUGUGAGAGAAUAGGUUUUUGUGAAAGCUGGAUAUAAAAUGCUUGGACACAGCUUAUCUCGAUUGCUUAAUGAGUAAGUCAGCGUAGCUUAGCUUGGGCAUUUUGUAUGUCAAAGACUUUUCUUUCUACUUUUUCUUUUAUUCGUUAGAAUAGCUGAUAAACUUCUAGUUAGCUGUGUUUUGUCUUAUUUAGAUAUUUUCUUUGGCAUCCGUCGUGCUCGCCUUCCCACCUCAUUAUUGUUAAAUGUAUAGUGAGUGUGUUGUUAUAUGUUAUUUGUUCUUUGUAAAUACUGUAAAUAUUGGGUUUUUUUUUUUCACCUUUUCACUUACACACACACACACACACACACACACACACACACACACACACACACACACACACACACACCUUUUAAUGUUAUACUCCCGUUUACCACUAGCCAACAUCUAAGGGAAGUAAGAAUAUCAAUCAUAAACAUAAUUACUGUAAAAUACUGUUCAUUUUUAUUAUUUGUUAUGCUUAUAUUACAUCUGUUCAUUUCUCCAAAUGCAUGUAUUAAGUAGGCUUUUCCCCAGAUUUCUACUAGCCCUAGCUCUGUAACAAGUGGGAUCUCAAACACCAUUUUUACAGCAGAAUUCUACUAUAGAGGACUGAUUUCUGUGGAAAUUUCAGGUUUGUAUCUGAUCCCCCUAAAAGAGGUAUUCAACUUGAAAAUGAGGGGAAUUUUCAAAAAUUGCAUUUUCUCACCCCCCUGAAAAAAAUAUGCGAAGUCUCAAACCUGAAAUGUUCUGCAUAUACACUAUACUUAACUAGGUACACCCUAAAGUCUAAGACUCAAACCCUUCCCAUUACAUUCCCUAAAAGUGGAACUGUGAGCAAUAUUGAGCAUUACAUUUGGAAUUAAGUUCUAAGUCUAUGCAAAACAAGAAUGCGUAACAUGUUUAUAUAUAAUGUGUUCUAGAUAUCAGCUUUUGUCCCAAGGAGCUAGGACCAUCCUGAGCCAAGAUAUUGAGGUUUCCGUAAACAGCUGUAUAACCAAAAUUAGUUGUGUACCAUGACACAAAGAUGGCUGUCAUGGUUAAACCAAGUAAAGUAAUAAAAAAAACAAAACAAAAAUAAAAUAAAAAACUGGCGGUUUUGCAAUGCCAUUACAUAGAGGUAAUCACUCUGAAAAAAAAAAGAAAAGAAAAAAUGGUCAAGCAACCUGUAUUGGACCACUUGCGAUGGAAUAACCCAGCUUUGAAACCUCUAAAUUAGUCCCAGUGUAACAAUUAAAAGUGUCACAUGAUCUCAGUAUAACUACACUUCUUCAUGGUAGAACCCAGAGUUUGUACACCUAAACAUGCACCAUCAUGAAAUCCAAAGAUCUAUCAAAAUAAGUCAGGGACAAAGUUGUGGUAAAGAAUAAAUCAGGGUUUGGUUAUAAAACAAUCCCAAAUUUUGACCAUUUCACUAAGCACAGUGAAAUCCAUUAAUGCAAAAAAUCUGCAAAAAUCAGUGAGCAGGUAAAGAAGAGUUUAGUUAGAAAAAGCAACCAAGAGGCCAAGGGUAAUUGUGAAGUAGCUGGAGAGAUCCACAGCUCAGAUGCAAGAAGCUGUUCACAGGACAACCAUCGAUCAUGGAUACUUGGUUGGAGACUUGGUCAAUAUAGAAAAGGAUUUUUUGGUCUUAUGAGGCACAAAUGUUUAGCAGAACAGCAACACUGCUCAUUCAUCCUGAGAACACCAUUCCUGCAGUGAAGCAUGAUGGUGGUAGCAUCACGUUGUGGCUAUGUUUUUCAUCACCUUCCAACAGGAAAACGACCCUAGGUAUACAGCCAAAAUUCAGGACGUGCAACACUGAUAAAAACAUGUCCUUGAAGACUACAAUCACAUGUUCCAUUUCAAAUCCAGGUGAUCAGUUUUGUACAUCCUGAUACUGAGAGUUUUGGCCAUUCUUCUUGGGAAACAUCUAAAGAUCUGAAGAUUACAUAAUAUAAUAUUGUCCUUUAAUAUUUGCAGCAAGAUGUUAGAGAUCUUCUACCAGUCUGUGGUAGGCAGUGCAGUAUUUUUUGAAGCAGUAUGCUGGUGAGGUGGCAUCAGAGCUGGAGAUACAAAAACAACCCCACAACAAACUGAUCAGUAAGGCCGACUCGGCCUUGGGUUGCUCUCUGGCGAGUUUUGAGGUGGUGGUGGAAAAGAGGACACUUAAUAAACAUGCAGCCAUUCUGGACAACAAACAGCUAACAGUGCGUGUGUGUGUGUGUGUGAAGCUUAACUGAAAAUCAUCAGUCAGGGACUCAUAUGGAGGCUUGACAGUUAAGGCUCUGGGUUACUGAUCAGAAGGUUGGGGGUUCAGGCCCCACCCCAGCAGUGUCAGGCUCUGUGUUACUGAUCGGACGGUCGGGGGUUCAAGCCCCAGCACUGCCAAGCUGUCACUGUUGGGCCCUUGAGGAAGGCCCUUAACCCUCUUUGCUCCAGUGGCGCCGCAUCAUGGCUGACCCUGUGCUCUGACCUCAAUCUCCUAACAUGCUGGGAUAUGUGAAGAAAAAAGAAUUUCACUGUGCUGUAAUGUACAUGUGACCAAUAAAGACUCAUUACAUAAAUAUAUAAUAUAUGCUGUAAUGUAUAUAUAUAUAAUAUAUACAGUAUAUAAUAUAUACUGAAAAAAGAAUUUCACUGUGCUGUAGUGUGUAUGUGAUCAAUAAAGACUCAUUAUAUACAGUAUACAGUGUACUCUAUAUACAAGAGGAUAUGCUGGCAUCUAGUGGUUAAAGAGGCUGUCAUUUCAGUCGGUGGAAUAAAGAAGAACUGGAUAAACAGAUUUCGCAAGCUCUGUGCUCAAAAGAUAAAAAUGUAAAGAAUCCUUCAACCUUCAAAUGCCAUAGACGAGGAGUGUAAUUUGUGAUACUUCAGGGGAUCUUCAGUUUAAUAUGACCGACUAUGGAGUUUCUGUGCAGCAGCUCAAUGACCUUUUGUCAGACGAAAAUGGCCACUUCAGCAUGCCAUCUAGAGAUUUCAAUGAAGUCUACCCGAGGAUUCUACUUGGAAAUGAGACUGUGGCCACAAAUGUGAAACUCCUGCAACAACUAAGAGUGACCCACAUACUUAAUGCUGCAGAAGGAGACUCAUACAUGCAUGUGAAGACAGGUGCAGAAUAUUAUGUGGAUACAGGCAUUGUCUACCAUGGAGUACCAGCCAAUGACAUGAACUAUUUUAAUCUUAGCAUAUACUUUGAAGAGUGUGCAGACUUUAUAGCACAGGCCUUGGCAUAUAAAGGCGACAGAGGGAAGGUGUAUGUGCACUGCCAGAAGGGUUACAGUCGUUCAGCAACAGUCGUCGUUGCAUACCUGAUGUUGAGACACAAGAUGGAUGUACGAGCCGCUUUGGCUACAGUGAGAGAGAAACGGGAGAUCGGACCUAAUGAUGGUUUUCUCUACCAGCUCUGUCAACUCAAUGACAAACUGGAAAAUGAGGGCAAGUUAUAAAGCAGAGAAGAUAGUCUUUAAGAAGGACGUAUUGAAAUGUUUCUCAUGGCUGGAUCAGGAAGCUGUCACAAGGUUGCGAUGGACUUUAACAGGAAACAUGGCAAGCACAUCACACACCACACUGUUGCCAAACUUAUUAACAAAUUUAAAAAGACUGGAAGUGUUGCUGAACAACCGAGAGGUACACGUCCACGGACAUCCACGGACGAAGGGACAACUGACAUAGUGUUUGUGUACACAGCCCCUUCCAUAUGUAUGGAGACUUUUGGGACACACUGUAGAAGUAGAACAGCGCAAAGAUGUUUUUCUUAAUGCAGCUAUGAAAAACAUUAUGGUUGUUUGAACUUUACAGAAUACACAGAGGACCAUUGUUCUCUGUUGCUCUGAUGCCAUCUGGAGUGCUUUAACACUUUGUGUUUAACUCUUGUGCAAUUGUUAGUACAAAGGCUUCUUUUCUCAUUUUUGUAAGUAAUUUCUUUUUGAACUAAAUUGAAAAUGAAUCAACAAUAUCUGGAUCGGAUUUAUUAAUCUAAUCAUCAUUGUCACCAGAAUAAUAAAUGUAAUUUUUUUUUUAAAGCUAA